AUGUGUAACACCGCAUUCCAACAAUUUUUUUCACCAUCAUUUGGAGGAUCAGUUUUGGUUGAAAAAAUUGAUGCAAUAUCGGAUGCAGCCAUGCUAAUAUCUGCCUUGGCCUUCAUUUCUCCAGUUGUUACUUGUCUAUACCGCGUCAAUGAACUAGUCUUCCUGGAGUUUGGCCAAAUUUGUGGUGUGUCACUAAGCUUAUUCCUCACUCAGCUGGGAAAAGCGCUGCUUCGUAACGAGACAACACUGGAAAGUUCGUCGACUCCAUUCUGCGGUACCAACGAUGGCCGACAUUCAGCCGCAGCAUUGGGCAAUAUCCACUACGAUUUAGGCUCCGCUUGGGCCAAUUUUCAAUCAGUUUUCGGGCCAAAUCCAUUGCUCUGGCUCGUACCCGUUCCUUCAACUUAUGGUGAUGGAUCUUUUCAGGGCGUACGGCAUCAAGUGAAUAGUACAUUAUGUCGACGGAAAAAGCAAACUGAUACAUUUCAAAAAUAA